AUGGCCCUUGCUCUGCGCCUCUUCCUCCUGCUCCUCCUGGCCGUGGCCCUGUCUACCAGGGCUGCCCAGGCUGCUCCACUCCAAGCGCGGCGAGCAGAUGAGCAUACUAGGAAGGCUUCUUCAGCAGCUUGGCUUAAUGAAGAUUUCCAGGCUCUUAACCCUCCAGCAGGUGUGUCUGCAGGAAAGACUUUUCAGGCUCCUUUCCUGGUUGCUGCACACAAGCCCCGCUCCCAUGGCAGGGGUCCUCCGAGAGGGAGGAACAAACCUAGAGGAGACAGCAAGUCCCUGGAGGCAUCCAAACAGAUGGACAGGAUCUGGAGUGACCUGGAGAGACAACGUGACAUGGAAGGAGAGCCUGUGCUGAAGGCUGAGUUUCCCAGAGGAAGCAGUGGCUCCAUGGUAGCCUCUGCUGCAGGAAGGGAGGCGAUGCCAGGCACAGGCCCAGGAGAUUGGGAACGUGACUUCCAUCACUGGGAAACGCUGUUAAAGCACAGUUUAAGGAUGUUGGAGCUUGGUGAUGCUAACCCGGUUGGUGAAAGUGAUCUGGCUUCCCAACCCACGUUCAGGAUUGAGUCUCUGGGCCAUGCUGAGGGUAGGUCAAGACCUUUCCCCUGGAAGAGUUGCCAGCUCAAGAGCCCAAAGCUUGGCCACAGAGGCAGCGCUGCAGGUGCCAGCACAGAACCAUGCACGUGUGUCCUCUUGCCCUGCACGAUCCCCUCAUGAUUUCUGCUCAUCACUGGCAGCUGUCUGGGGAAGGGAGGGCCCUGGCCCAGACACAAAAGCCCAGAUACUUUGUAAAUCAUUUCCCAAUUUUUGAUAAGCAUGCUGCCUUGAAGAUGCCAGCAAAGGAAUGGGGAAUGGUUCCAUCUGAUCCAACUGUCCUUUUUUGUUUCUCAAGUGAUGGACCAAAAGGCAGGGCUGAAGGAGGUGUUUCCCCAAGGAAGCAGGGGCUCAUUGGCAGCCCCUGCUGCAGGGAGGAAGGCAAUGACAGA